UCCUCCUAGCGUGGGAAAGACGCAAGCUGCCGGCAUCCGAUCCGGGGAUUUAUGCUGCUAAUCUGAUUAGUGUAUGAUGGACGUGUCCAGUUGGAAGGAGAUGGAGGUGGCACUAGUCAGUUUUGACAACGCUGAUCAGAUCGUGGAGGAUCCCUGUUAUUCAAACGACCUCAGUCCCGCCAGCCAGUCGCGGAAAGGGCACCCCAGCUGCGCCAACCUCCUCUCCAACCUGAGAAUCCUCAUCAACAGCGAGAACGCCAACAAUGAGACCAUCUUCUCCAGGUUCUCCGCCGAGUUCAGCGAGCACCUGGUUGGGGAGAGGGUGGGUAUGGAUGAGGGGGACCAACGAGUCAUCAUCAACAUCGCCGGGCUGAGGUUUGAGACGCGGCUCAAGACGCUCAACCAGUUCCCUGAGACCUUGCUGGGGGACCCGGAGAAGAGGAUGCGUUACUUCGACUCCAUGAGGAAUGAGUAUUUCUUUGACAGGAACAGGCCCAGUUUUGAUGGGAUCCUGUAUUAUUACCAGUCUGGUGGGAAAAUACGGCGCCCGGCCAACGUCCCCAUCGACGUCUUCGCUGAUGAAAUCACCUUUUACGAGCUGGGUGAUGAAGCCAUGGACCAGUUCAGGGAGGAUGAAGGGUUCAUCAAGGACCCCGAGACCCUCUUACCAACCAAUGACUUUCAUAGGCAAUUCUGGCUACUCUUCGAGUACCCCGAAAGCUCCAGUGCGGCCAGGGGCGUAGCUUUGGUCUCUGUCCUGGUCAUUGUCAUCUCCAUCAUCAUCUUCUGCAUGGAGACCUUGCCGGAGUUCAGGGAGGAAAGAGAGUUUAAGUCCCCCCAGGAGCUCUCUAGGAAUCUGACAGACACCUUGCUGGCCCACAGUACCUUCACGGACCCUUUCUUCGUCAUAGAGACUGCCUGCAUCAUCUGGUUCUCCUUCGAGCUGUUCGUCCGCUUCAUCGUGUGCCCCAGCAAGACUGAGUUCUUCAGGAACAUCAUGAACAUCAUCGACAUCGUGUCCAUCAUCCCCUACUUCGUGACGCUCACCACCGAGCUGAUCCAGCAGAGCGAACUCAACGGGCAGCAGAACAUGUCCUUGGCCAUCCUGAGGAUCAUCCGGCUGGUCAGGGUCUUCCGCAUCUUCAAGCUCUCCCGGCACUCCAAGGGGCUGCAGAUUCUGGGGCAGACCCUCAAGGCCAGCAUGCGGGAGCUGGGCCUGCUCAUCUUCUUCCUCUUCAUCGGCGUCAUCCUCUUCUCCAGCGCCGUCUACUUCGCCGAGGUGGACGAGCCUCAGUCCCACUUCUCCAGCAUCCCCGACGGCUUCUGGUGGGCCGUGGUCACCAUGACCACCGUGGGCUACGGAGACAUGUGUCCCACCACCUUGGGUGGGAAGAUCGUGGGGACGCUGUGCGCCAUCGCGGGGGUGCUGACCAUCGCCCUGCCCGUCCCCGUCAUCGUCUCCAACUUCAACUACUUCUACCACCGGGAGACGGAGAACGAAGACAAGCAGAUCCUGCCCGGGGAGGUGGAGAGACUCACCAGCGUGGUGACGGGCAACGGCAGCAUGGAGUCCCUCAACAAGACCAACGGGGGUUACCCUCGAGACAAGGCCAAAAAAUGAUGGCCGAGGCCAUGGCAGGACUGGGCACUGGCAGGUGGGAUCGGCUGGAUGAGUUCUAAACCAUCUGCACGCUGUGAUUUAUUUUUAAACCAAAUGUGCUGCUGCUUUUUUUGGGGUUUUUUUGUUUGGUUUUGUUUCAAUCUCUGAUUUCCUGUCGCUAUUCAAAUAAACACCAUCUUUCUUAUCUCUC